AUGGACGGCCAGCCGGCUCUCGGCGGGGACUUUCGGAACCGCAACGUCACGCUUAUUAUUCUCUACUGCUUCCUCGACGGCGCCUGCUUCAGCGUGUGGAGCGCGCAGCUCCUCCCCGUGCUUGUCAACAGGCUCGGCGGGGACCGGGCCGUCGGGUGGUCCGCCGCCGCGAGCGGGAUAGCGCAGAUUGGGGGCGCCACAGUGGCGGGCUACGUGGGCGACAAACUCCCGCGCGCCGAAAGCAUUCGGACCGCGUUUUGUUGCGGCAUUUUGGCGGUCGCCGCAACGCUGGUGGCGGUGCGUCUUCUGACCAUGCCCGCCAUCUACAUCACGCAGGCCCUCUGGGGCGUGUACAUGGGUGUGGCGUCCACGAGCACGGAGGCGCUCUUCGCCGACAGCGUCCCCUCCGGGCGUCGGGCGUUCAUCUACAACUUUAAGUGGAUGGUGCAGACGCUGUGCUACUGCGUCGGCUACGCCGUGGCGCUGGUGAUGCUGCUGUGCAUGGGAAAUGACUGGUCGGUACAAAGCAUCCAGCUUGUCAUGACGAUUGGACUCGCGGCACACCCCCUGGCGCACGUCGUUCUCCUCCAGCUGCGGGACGAGGCCGCCCCGGCCCAAGACGAGGGCGGCAUGUACUUUAUCGUGAAGGCGCAGAAGCAACGGUGGCGGGAAGGGGAAGGGAAACAGAAGAGUAGCAACAGGCAAGUGAAGGCAUUGGCCGUCACGCAGGAAUCACCGCUACUUAGCGAAGCAAAAGCAAGUACGGCGGAUUCGGAAUCCGCCCUAAGUGGUCAAGGCGGGAGCGGCCACCAUGCAGGGCCGCCCGCGGCCAAUCAAUCUGGGCCCUCACGCGAGGCGGAGGAGCAGGGACGGGAGCGGGAGAGAGACGUUUCCGGCUUCAAGGACGGCUGCGACAACGACGCCGUGGAUGAGGCUCGCCUUGGCGGCGUUCACCUCUCACGCCGUAGGAUUUGGGUUUUAAUGGCGUUGCCGUAUUUGGUGUGUUUCACGGAGUUCUGGAUGUCGGUUGGCGCUGGCAUGACGGUGCAGUACCUGACGCUCUUUCUCGUCAACGACUUCGGCGUCACCCCCACGUGGCUGAUGGCGUCGUACAUCACCAUCUCAUGCAGCACCGCGCUGUGUUCCACGGCGCUGCGCUACGUGGGCGAGCACUUUGUGGGGCGACUACCCGCCGUCAUUACAGUGCGGCUGAUCGGCACCACCUUCCUCUUCCUGCUGGCCACUGCGGUUGGCAGUGGGACGCCGCUGGCCGUCGUCCUCGUCUUCUUCAUUGCGCGUAACGCGGCCAUGAACUCCACCAUGGGCGUCACCCGCAGCGUCAUCAUGGACUGCGUCUCAAAGUCCAGCCGCGCCAAGUGGUCCGCCUUUGAGAGCUUCUCCUCCCUCACAUGGGCGGGGAGUGCGGUGAUUGGCGGGUACAUCGCCGAGGCCAAAGGCUACCAGUACACGUUUGCCGUCACAGCCGUAAUCCACUACGUAGGGGCGUUCAUACUCGUGCCGGCUGCCGUUGCGGCGCACAGCAUGGAGUGGCAUCUCCGUCAAUUAAAGCAAGCAGGACGUGGCACCGACUGA